GACACAGGACACUAGUAGGACACUGGACUCUAGUAGGACACAGGACACUAGUAGGACACUGGACUCUAGUAGGACACAGGACUCUAGUAAGGCACAGGACUCUAGUAGGGCACAGGACUCUAGUAGGACACUGGACUCUAGUAGGACACUGGACUCUCGUAGGACACAGGACUCUAGUAGGGACUCUAGUAGGACACAGGACACUAGUAGGUCACAGGACACUAGCAGGUCACAGGACUCUAGCCGGGCACAGGACUCUAGUAGGAGGACACAGGACUCUAGUAGGACACAGGACUCUAGUAGGGCACAGGAC